UACGCCAUGGAAGUCACACUUCUCGUCUCCUUCAAACUCCUCCUCUUCUUCUCCCUCUUCUCCAUUUCAUCCCUGCUCACCUUGUCCACCGACUUCGCCGUCGGCGGCGAUGGAGAUUGGGCCAUUCCCUCUUCCAAAGAUCCAGAUUUCUAUAACAAGUGGGCCGCUAAGAACCGGUUUAAAGUUGACGACACCAUUAACUUCAAGUACAAUAAGGACUCCGUCUUAGUAGUGACAGAGUCAGAAUACGACAAGUGUCGAUCGAUGCACCCAAUCUUCUUUUCCAAUAAUGGCAAGACCGAGUUCAAGUUCGAGCGAGCGGGCCUCUUUUAUUUCAUUAGCGGAGUCAAUGGGCAUUGCGAAAGGGGAGAGAGAAUGAUUAUUAAGGUGAUAACGGGGCCUAAUGCAUCACCGCCAGACCAGAGGAACGAUACCGACUCAUCGGACUCUGUUAUCAAUGAUCUGCAUUCUACUUCACUCACUAUCUUUUUGUUGACGGUUGGAAAUCUAGCACUUGCUUUAGGGUUUAAUUAG